GCUCAGUGCAGUUCAGACAGCCAAAGUGUUCACAAGUGAUUCGCAAAUAUCGAGAAUGAGGGUCGCUAGACUACAGGCCAGCAUCGCCAGCUUGUUGCUGCUCUGUUUCGUGAUGGGAACAGCAACAGCGUAUCCCAGUGCCGAGGGACCCAGCCAGUGGUUAAUGGAACAGGCCAGGGCGCUGCAAAUCGAUGACGUGACUAUGGGAGAGCUGUGGCGCACUAAGCAGCCGGUGGUUAUCACUAAGCCGGACGCUGAGGGUCAGAUGCUCUCAGUGACCUACGAGCUGUCGGCGGACGGAACGAGCAUCUCGCGAACUACAACCAGGGAGACUCGCCCGGCAAGACUGGAGGCGAAUGUAGACGCGGCUAAGCCCAAUGAGGACUGGGAGCUACUACCCAAUCGACUGAGCCAUCAGUUUAGCCCGAAUCUUGGCACGGACUUGGGAUUUUCAUUGAGCAAUGGCUUUGGCAGCACCUUCGGCAGCUUCGGAAGCUCGAACGGUUUUCCCCAGUGGCCAGCUCAUUGGCCAUCAUUCAAUUUGCCACCCGGGGUAACGCCACGCACCACCACCAAGACCGAGACGGAUGAUCAAGGACGGACCGUCACGAGUGUGUCCAGCUUCUACAGCGGCCCGCUGCAUCCGGGAACUAAUCUAUUCGAGUCGCAGUUUCCAAAUUCAGCAGCACCCAGGCCCGCCGUUCCUGCUUCUCUCCCAGUCCUGCCCAACCAACCCUUCCCGGGACAAGCACCGCCACCCAAUCCCAAUCGGCCUUCAUUGGGCUUUCCCCUUCCUGCAAUGCCUAGUCCCCGUUCGACUACACCUCUACCCGCACUGGCUCCUAGCUUCGGGCUGGACAUGUUAACGACCACGCCUUUCCCACCUCUAGACGAUUUUUUGCAACAGAGGACGACCCCCAGAAUAGAUGGUAAUACAGAUGAGAGCAUUCCGCCUCCAUUGCCCACCAGACGACCAACGGCGAAUGCUCCACAAGAAGGGGACAAGUCGAUCGAGGACUACCUAUCGAAGGUGAAUCUCAGCCCGUCGGAUAUAUUAGCCCAGAAUGGAGAAGUGGUCAAGACCAUUGUGGAUAAGGAUGGACGCAUCCUGAGUGCCAGAUUUGUCCUUAGCACUGUCAGAGAGGAGGAGCAAAUCCGCCAGGAGCCUCAGCCCACCAAGUGACCUAAUUUUGAGACCGAUUAACUUCCUUGGAAUUGCGACAUUAAUGAAAGGUAUGUCUUCGCGGAAAUACAUUGAGCAUAAAUUAAUAAAUAAUAAUACAAAUGAAAGUGCUUAUCAGUAGGGCUUUGCGCAGAGUGAGGUGUCUGAGGGAAUAUUUAGUGGGCCAGCAACUGACCUCCACUUCAACUAAUACGGUGAUUAAUGAUAGCGAAAGAAAUGAGUAAGGGCCAAUGUCAAUCUGCGUCGGUGAAAAUUAUUUAAUAUUAUGCUUUAACGAUGAAUAUAAGAAUAUCAAGCAUUUUCAAGCUUAUUAUAAUAUCUUACCUGGAACGCGUCUUGCAUCUUUAAAGUUAAGCAACUACAAAGAGCUCUAAAAUAUUCAGAAUUGCAGGCAAGCUAAUAAUUAUUAUUCCUAAAUAAGCAUACUAAAUAAUUUGCAUUUUUUAGAUUCCUUGCCAAAGUCAUUAAAAAGCAUAGAUGGAAUGGUUUUGUUAAUCUAGUUUAUUACAAACAAUUUCUUUUGUCUUGCGCUAGCAACUGAGCUGUAAAGAAUCGAACGAAAGAAAAAAUAUAAUUUCAAUAAUCAAAAUUCAACGAAAAUAGUUUUAAAAUAAAAAUAAUAAUACAAAUUAAUAGAUUAGGCAUGUUAACAACAUAAUUAAAGCGGAAAACAUAUACAUAAAUUGCAGCAAAAAUAAUUCAAGCAUAAAGAGAUCAAAAAUUAUAAAAAUAAAAGCGAAACGAAUCGAAACGAAACGAAACGGAACGAGAAAUUCAAUUUGAAUUUCAAAGCAAAAUUAUUAACAAACAAAAAAUAUUGCAUAAUUUUGUGCAUAAAGCAUUGGUGUGGCCGAAACGGGUGCGUGUUGGUGUUGCAGAGGUGGUUGUGGUUGUUGUGUUUUUUCAGAGUAGUGAUUGUUGAUCUGACAGAACUCUCUCGCUGUCAGUGUCUCUUUCGCUCGUUAGCAUUGCAUUAGUUGCGUUACAUUUAUAAGCCAAGCAUGUCAGAGAAAAGAGAAACUAGAUUAGUAAAAAAUUGUUUGUAAAUCAAAAGUGUGAGAUUCGCAAUAGGUGGGUGUCUUAAAUCUAGUCUAGGCGGUAAAGCCCGGCCCGACGGUAGUCGGAACUAAUUAAAAGCGUUGGCAAAUUCAACAAAGCAUAAAAACAAUUACAAAGGGAAUAAAUAUUUGAAAAAUUUGUGCAUUUCGUGUGCAUCAUUUUUGUUUUGCAUUUGCAUGAUUGUUUUUUGUGCAACUAAAAAGCAUGUUAUAUUUGUUUUUUCUUUUUCCUUUUUUGGAAUUUUUUGUAAUUUUUGCAGUUUUAAUAUAAGUUAUUAAUAAACGUUGUAAAUCGCCGAAGGCAUUCAAAUUUAAUACUGUAUAAUAUAAAAUAUAUAU